ACUUCAUUGACGGUGGUUUCAAAGUGGACACGAGGAGAAGGAGAGAAGUGCAGCUCGACAUCAUUUUAUGCACAGUCUAUGGGCAGAAAGAAGAGUGCUGUGGCUCACGGCUGUGGCCCAUGGCUCUAGCUCAAAGGAUGUGAAUAUUGCAACGGGAGCAACACCAGAAGAAGCUGGUGUUUCAGGAUCAGGACAGUUAUAGAUCCAGGCAGUAGGAUGUCUUCAAUCAAGGAAAGAGCCGCAGCCCUAAAUCUCGCAGAAAAACUCUCUGUGGUUCCAGCUUCUGGACAGGUCUUUAAACCAGUCCACAAAUGUCUCCAGUGGCGCUCCCUGAUCACCUACCUCAAGUCCACUGUAACCAUAAAGAGGAGACGCGUCCACAUGAAAUCACACAAUGACUGCUUCCUGGGAUCAGAAGCUGUAGAUGUUGUGGUAGAACAUCUCAAGAUAUCCAUGAAAUUUGAAGAUGUGACACGUCCCAAAGUGCUGUGUGUGUGUCAGGCACUGUUGGAUUGUAAUGUUUUUGAGGCGGUGGGAGCAAAACCAAUGGGGAAAGACCAGAAGCAGGUGUUUCAGGACAGUAAAAACUCUCUUUACAGGUUCAUUGAGGUGCAUAUACCUUCUGUUGACGAGCUGGAGAGGGGUGUUCUUGCAGUGGGACUUCAAGCCUUUUUCUGCAACAUCGCUUCAAAAAAACUGGAGGAGCAGACAAUUCCCCCUCCAUCUCAUGUUGAAAUGCUGGACGGUCCUGACACGGAGAGCCUGGAGGCCUCUGUGGAUAGCUUGAGUUUUAGCCCAAGCAAAGGAAAAACAGUGAUUGAUGAGGUAUGGCAGGAGCUGACUCUUCUCCGUCUCCUGAACCUGGUGGAGAUUCCUGUGUUGGAUGGGAUUCUCCAGUGCAGUCUGAAUCCAGUGUCUCCUCAAAAAACACAGCUGCCUCACAGUCACCCAGAUCUCAUUCACAGCAGCAACCACCUGGACAGGAAGGUCCUCAAGGCUUUCCGGGACUCCCAGGAAGAUGAGUGGCUGUUUGCUGCUAUGGAUUGUCUGGACUUCCUGUCAGACCAGUCAGUGGUGGAUUUGAGCAGGGCUCUACCUCACUGUUUCUCUGAAGACCCUAGCGGAAUACAGAAGUCUUGUUAUGAACAGCCUCUGCUUUCCUCUAGGAGUUUAAACAAUUAUAAACUUUUGGUUUAUGGAGCACUGGCCAAGCACUAUAGCCACACAGACAGAGCUCCACUGAUGCCCCAACAAAUGACUGACAUUUACAAAGCUGUCAUUGAUCUGCUUGUGACGGCCAAGUUGGGCACCGCUCUGGAGGCCUUGCAGUUGUGCCUGAAGCUGUUGCCCAGCAGAAAUAGAGAGGAGCUGCGUCGUCUGCUGACCUUCAUGGCUUUGGCAGCAGAACCACAAGCCAUCAAGCUAGACACUGAAAUGGAAAACAGGCUGGCUGUGAAGAAAUCUUUCUCUAGGGCCAUUCUCCACAGCAAAAAUCUCCCAAAGGAAAAAGAAGACCUGAUGGUUGUCUUCAUGAUCAGCAAUAUUCACGACAUAUUUAAGAUUCCUGGUGCCUUGCACAAACAAGUGAGUGAUAAGUUGGUUCACCUUGUACAAGGGAAGCAGGUUGAUGAGACCGCAGACUCCACAUUCUGUCUGCAAGUCUCAAAGAGGACUUAUGUGGAUUCCACAAAGACAACCACCAAUGAUGAACUAUGGAAACUGCUGGACAAUAUUCACUGCAACAUAAAAAUAUCCAGCAAAGAAAAAAAACGCUUACUUGGACAGUUUUACCAGGCCCACCCAGAGGUUUUUAACCAAUAUUUUGGUGACUCUGCUGUUACUAUUCUUUAAAUUUUGAGUGAGUGAUGAUUUUGAUGUGAUUUGAACUACUGUCACUGGGUGCCCUCUGUACAAAUAAUAACAAACUGAUCAAUUUAAUUAAACGAUUUCAAGCAUU